UGGUUCUGGUUAUUGUUGGUAUCGAUUCCCUUGUAAAAGAAGACUUGCAAAAAAGUAGCUUUUUGAUUCACCAAAAAAAAAAAAAAAGUGGGUUUUUGAUGGUACCUAAGAGGCAUUUCAGGGAUGUGGAGGGUGAAGAGUUUAAGUUUCCGGUACCGGAAUCGAAAAGGAGACCUCUUUUUAAGAAUGUUGCUAGGGAUGUGAUGAGAGAUGGUCCAUUGAAUGAAAAAGCGUGGGAAAAUUUCUUCAGAACAGUGGUGCGAGAUGAGCUGGAAAAUUUGCUUGUUCCCUACCUGAGGGGAUCUUCAAGGCCCCCGCUUCAAAUUGGAGGUCCAGCUGGAGUAAGAGGCUUACAGUUGCAUUUCAUCAACAAACUGCCAUCAACCAUAUUCACAGGCAGCAAGGUGGAUGCAGAAGACCAAACACCUCUUCAAAUUGUACUACGUGAUGCUGCUACGCAGAAUGUAGUCCGUUGUGGUCCCCUAGCUUCAGCAAAGAUUGAAAUUCUUGUUCUGAAUAGCGAAUUCGGUUCUGAUGAUCAAGAGGAUUGGACCGAGGAAGAGUUCAGCAAUGGUCUUGUUCGAGAACGAGAAGGGAAAAGGCCAUUGGUGACUGGUGACGUGACUCUUAACCUGCGGGAUGGAGUGUGUUCUCUAACUAACAUUGUCUUCACUGACAAUUCGAGCUGGAUCAGAAGCCGAAAGUUCAGACUAGGAGCUAGAGCUGUGCCGAAAAAUCCUGCUGAUGAAGCACGAAUCAGGGAAGCUAGAAGUGAGGCUUUUGUGGUAAAAGAUCACCGCGGAGAGUUGUACAAGAAACACCACCCUCCAUCCCUGAGUGAUGAGAUAUGGCGCCUGGAGAAGAUAGCAAAGGACGGCGCCUUCCAUAACAGAUUGUUCAAUUGUGGAAUUACUUGUGUGAAGGACUUGCUGCGGACUUAUGUGAAAGAUCCAUCCUCGCUACGGAAUUGUUUUGCUCCGAUCUCAAACAAGGCAUGGUAUGCAAUCUUAGAUCAUGCAUUCAAGUGUGAGAUAGAUGAACAUAAGCUCUAUGCUUACCAUAGAGAUGAUGUGACCCUCCUGUUCAACAUAAUCUACAAGUUCAAGGGAGCAGUAAUUGAGGACCAAUUCUGUACUCUGGAUCAACUCACCCCACCUCAAAAGGUUAUGGUGGAAAAUUUGAAGCAGCAGGCGUAUAGAAAUGAAGUUAAUAUGGUCCUCAUAGAUGCUUCGACUGUGUAUGGCAUUUCAAGGCCUUUGCCGAGUCUACCAGCAGAGCCAUUCAAUAAUCCAAACUCAGAUCCGCAACAAUAUAGUUUCCAAUUCCCACAGCAAGAUGUACCGCCAAUGCAAUUGGGUUUCCCCCACGCAUCACCUUCGACUUCAUAUCCUUAUCAAGCAGAAGGAAGCAAUCAGUUCAUGGUUUCUGUAGCACAAACUAGUCAUCCAAUGCAAGUGUUCGCUCCAGCACUACGCAACAGUUUCUCAAUGGAGGAGUUCAGCACCUUAAACUUCAAUGCAGAAAACAGUUGGCCUCCAAUUGUGUCAACUGCUCAUUUAGGCACUACUGAAAAUUUUUUACAAACAUCAACUUGGUCUCCAAUGAACCCAAACUGGGGGGGACAAGGGAACGGAUUUUGCGAUACUGGCAUUCCUGGUUUUUUACAUAACGCAGGGACUAUAAAGAAACCCAAGGCACGCUGGUGCAAGCUUCGUGCCGCCAUUAAGUGGUGGGUUUCGGUUAGGGCUAGAAGAAUGGCAAGGCCUCUGUAUUUGGCCAGCUAGAUCAGUGUUAGUGUUACUACUCAGCCUUCCUUUUUAGUUGCUAUGAACCACUAGUUGUAAAGCAGUUACCCAAAGUAAAGGGGUAGGCUUUUCCUAGAUGUGUUAGACUUAGUUCCUCACUAGUCUAUUUUCCUUCAGUCUUCUUCUUCUCCUUUAAUGUAUAAAAUGUGCAAAAAGGGGUUCGAAAGUUGUUAUACAAAGCUGGCCAUGAUGUACAUAGUGUUGAAUUGAUCUAUGUAAAAGUGGUUUCUGGAAAAGAUCUAAUAAUAUUCAGUUUAUUUGUUUCA